ACCGAGGAGCGACAACAAACCGGAGAUGGGACCGCGUUUACAACACGCCAAAUAAGGACGACGACAGUUAAACACAAAGUCAAUAUCACACGGUUUGUUUUUGGUAAAAUGUAGAUCAUUUGGCUCAUGUUUAUUUCGUACCUAACACGUUUAGUAGCUCGAAUUACUAUUAGAAAGUGUCACCACAACUCAGCUGUGAGACGCUGGGAUGAAGGUGAAACUCCAUUAACGUUAACGUUAAGUACAUUAGCUAUAGUAAUUCUCAGUAACGUUAGCUACAACACUUCACCAUGAACGAGGUGUGUGUCCGGGUGGCGGUCCGUAUCCGCCCCCUGCUUCCCAAAGAAGUCCUCCAUAACCACCAGGUGUGUGUGCGGGUGGUGCCGGGCUCCGCACAGGUGCUGCUCGGCUCAGACCGACUCUUCUCAUUCGACCACGCGUUUGUACCGACGGCCAGCCAGGAUGAGGUGUACGAGUCCUGCGUCCUGCCCCUGGUGGAGUCCCUGGUUGACGGCUACAACGCCACCAUCUUCUGUUAUGGACAAACAGGGUCAGGAAAGACAUACACACUCGGAGGGGGGCACCUGGAUGAAGAGGGAGGAAUUAUUGACCGUGUGGCCCAGGAUGUGUUCUUGAUGCUGGGGGAGAAGAGGAAGAACAGUGAUGGUGUGGAAGCCACAGUGCGGGUCUCGUAUAUGGAGCUGUACAGGGAGGAACUACGAGACCUGCUGGAGCUGCAUACCAUUCACAAAGAGCUUCACAUCAGAGAGGAUGAGAGGGGAAACACAGUGGUGGUGGGAGCCAAAGAGAUGGUUGUCAGCUCAGCAGAGGAGCUACUAAGUGUUCUAGAGACGGGCAAUGCCCUGCGCCACACUGGAACCACAGGGAUGAACGAGCACUCCAGUCGCUCUCACACCAUUUUCACCCUUCAGCUUAUCCAGUGUUGCCACAACAACAACUCCUCCUUAAAAUCUGUCCGCUCUUCCAAACUCUGUCUGGUUGACCUAGCAGGCUCGGAGCGUGCUGGAAAAACUGGAAACACUGGGACACGACUCAAAGAGUCUGUUCAUAUCAACACAGGCCUGCUCGCACUGGGCAACGUCAUCCGUGCCCUCUCUGACCCUGCUCGAAAUCGCCGUGGUAACAACUGCAACAGUGCACACAUACCGUACCGUGAUGCCAAGAUCACCCGUCUUCUCCGUGAUUCAUUGGGAGGCACCGCUCAUACGCUGAUGGUGGCGUGUGUAAGCCCCUCUCACCACAGUCUUGCUGAGACUCUGAGUGUCCUGCAGUUUGCAUCAAAGGCUCGUCACAUUCGUAACCGUCCUGGAGCUAUAUCUACUCAUACAGAGGUUAAAUCAUGUCCUACAACCUGGGACCCUGGUGAGGCUCGACUGGGCGAACUUGAGUAUGAAGUACAGACCCUGAGAGAGCUACUGAAAGAGAGGGAGAGAGAGAUGGAAAAGGUGCGGACAGGUAGAAGAGGUGGAGAGGGGGACGACUUCAAACAGCCCAGUCAGAUGAGGAUGUCUGAUCCAGAUAAGAAGGUGAAACAAGAGGAACCAUCACAGUGCUGCCUCCUGGCACAGGAAGCUGCCGCCCUGCUUGCAGAUAUCUCUGGCCCCACUCCAAGUCAUUCUUUGAGGCAGCGGCUGCAGGAUUGGCAGGAGAGACUGACAGCUGUCAAUCACUCACAUCAAGCUUAUGAGAAGGAUUGUUCAGAGGGGAGUGGAGAUCAACCCCACCAUUUCACCAUAUUAAAGCUUAGAGAAGAACUCAACAGAUGCAAGGAAGCUCUCAACAUAGAGGAACAACUAUCGGAGCAGAAAGAUGCAGAGCUGAGACAGGUCCAAAGAGAAGUAGAGAAACUUCUUCAAGAGAAUAAAACCCAGCUUCAGAACUUGGAGGAAGAAAAGGAACGUACGUGUAUACAGACUGAACAACUUGUGGACCAGCAGAUCAUCAUCAAUCGUCUUCGCAGCGACCUUGUGACAUUUAGGGGUGCAACCUCAGCGGCAACCGUGGAAACUGGGGCUUCUGGGGACUCAGGCAAGAGACCACACAGUGUCCCUCUGAUCAGACAUAGCUGUGGACACGGACCUCCCAGGAGGGUCGGUAGCUGCACUGUUUUGAUUCACUCUAGUCCCCCGGCCUAUUCCCUGGAGAGAGUGAUGGCAGCCUUUAAAAUGCGGGGUCAUCUCCUGCUGGCAGAGAUUGAGCAGAAGGAAAAGGUGUACUGUCCAUUCAUAAAACAACAGGCAGAGAGCAAAGAUGGGCAUCAAGAGAACGAGGAGGAGGAGGAGGAUAUAUUUGUGGGCAGAAUGGGAUUUAGGCGUUCUUUAAACCGAACAUGGACCAGUCGGCAGAAGAAAUUAACUCUGAAAGAGAAGAACUCUGGACUGGACCAAACAUCUAAUGGAGAUCCAGUAGUACAACAGACUCAGCGAGUCACAGGGACUAAGGAAAACCACGCCAAGCAUAUGAGGAAGCCGAGACCGAGAGCCUGCGUUACUCAGAGAAGGAUCCAAGAACUGUCUGUCAACAUGAGCAUGAAAGAGGAGCUCAUCAAAAAGCUUGACAAAACUGACAAAGAGACCCAAGCAGUGGAAAGACAUGGCAGGCACAGUGGUGAUGGCAAAACAGUCGAUGUGUUGGCAAGACUUUCCAUGCAGAGCCAGCAGGUCCGUGCAGAGGUGUACCGCAGCCUGCAGCACAUGAGGCUGCAGAGAGCACAGCUUCAGAGCAGCCUCAGACAGCAGAGAGAGACCAACAACAACAAAGAGGUUGACCAAAAUGGGGAGCAAAGGGCAGGAGAUUUGACUGUGUGCAAAAUCAAGGAAAAGCUGCCUGACUGUAUUUGGCUGGAGGAGGCGGAGGAGGAGGUGUUUCAGAAGAGAGCAGAGCUGCAGGAGCUGGAGGAGGAGCUGCGGAGGAGAGAGGAGGUGCUCCUGCGCAGAGAGGCCUGUCUGCAACAGAAGAACAAACUGGAGAUCAAGAUGCUACGCUCCAGCCAGGCUCUGAGUCAGGACCUGCUGCGUGUGUCGGUGCGGUUGGAGACUCUGGAGGAGCAGCUGCAGAGCAGCAGCAGUGUGAGGCAGACCGGAGGAGUCACCAUGGAGGAACUGGAGAAAGAGAGAGACAUGCUUAAAGAGAGGAGAGACACUCUGGACAGCCAGCUGAAGGACAACCGAGUGCUCACUGUGGAGGAGGAGCAUUCCCUGCUUCAGCUGGAGGAAGCUAUUGAAGCUCUGGACGCAGCCCUGGAGUUUAAAAACCACUCAAUUCAUGACAAACAGAGGAAGUUGCUAAUCACAGACUACUCUUCGCAUCAGUUGCAAAGCACUGAACCCGCCCAACUCUGUGAUGUCAUCAGGAAGCUGAAGAGGCUCUCGCCUCCUGAGGCGUCGGAGCUGCUCAUCAAAUAUUUCAACAAGGUUGUUUGUCUUCGAGAGAUGGAGCGCCAUUUGCGUUUGCAUUGUGAAGAGCUGGAGCUUCAUGCUGGAGAGCAAGAGGUGGUGCUGAGGGAGAUGGAGGUGGCCAUGCAGCGGAUGGCCCUGGAUGCAGACCGCAGGCUGACCCAGCAGCACCAAGAUCACCAGAACAACAUCCAGCUACUGCUGCAGAAACUUAAAGACGGUGGCUCAGGAGAGGCACAGCAGGCUAUCGAAGACAGACUGGAGCAUCUGGAGAAAGAGCUUUUUUUCUACAAAAGCUCCAGCCGGCAGCUUAAAAAGAAACUCAAAGAGCUUGUCAGUGACGCUCUACACCCCCUCAAUCAGCCCUCACAAACACAGGAGCACAGAAAACAACACAAUGUGCAGAUACACGCAAGUGCAAACGAACCCCAGAUGCACACUGAAGAGGUACAGACACACAACACAACAACAUACAAAAAGAUGAAAGAUGAGCAAAUAGACAAAAACACAUUGAAGAGACAUGCACACCAAACCCCCUGUCCCUCCGCCUCUUCUGACCUCCAAGCACGCAAAUUGACAAAAAUGCCCGAAUACAACCAGACGCACACACAGUCCCGCGGGAGGAGUGAAAGUUUAGAGAUGACACCAGUCCGUUUGUGUCGCAGAGAGCUGAGACAGAUCUCUCCAGCUGACUUGCAGGUCUGUAGUUCUGCCACAAGAAGGCGACAGUCUGUUGUGGAUACCAGCACAGAGUCAAUACUAGAGGACUCCAUAGAAGUGCCCAGAAACACUGACAGAUGAUGUUAUCAUGGUACAUAUGAGUCACUUGGCAGCAGCAGUGUGUACAUCAGAUUCCAGUUGGGUGCUAGUAAACAAAGAAAAAUGUGUGUUAUGAAUAACCAAUGACAAAAACUCAUUGCAUAUGAAUGAAACAUCCCCUCAUCUUAAGUAUCUUGUGAAAAUGUUCAUGUAUUUGUUGGAAAAUUGAAAGACUUUGCAGGGCUUUGAAGUCAGUGAGAAGCACCCAGAAACCCAUUAAAUUACUUCAUAUAAUCAAAA